AUGCUUGAAACACUUUUGAUAUGCCUUCUUUAUAGGAUCAUCGUCAUCUGCUCGCGCACAGCUGGAUCUUUUGAGCAACUUACCUCUUCUAGCUCAUCAGUUGACGCCAGUUAUGUUAGUGAUGGCAACUCCCGAAAACUUACAAUCCGUCAGCAGCUAGCGCAGUUGGUUGGGGACAGAGACGGGGAUUUCAUCAUUCCACUAGGUAAAAACUUUAAAAAGGUGAGUGCCAAGGCUCUAACCGUCUCUCAGAAGCGAAAUAUCAAACGACAGGCUUACUUAAACGAAGUAUCGAAGAGGAAUGAUUCAGUUUUCUUUGCCACCAUUGGAGCAUUUGUGCUUGUUCCACCUCUUGUAAUAUUAGGAAUCGCCAUAUUGACAGGUUAUGUACAGCUUUUCCCAUGACAUAUAUACUACUGAACUAAUAUAUAGAAAUUCAGUUCACUA